UUGGACCUCUUCUAAAUCUUUACCUUCUUCUAAACUUAUUCAUUUCUUUAUUCAUUUCCAUUAUCAAACAAAACAAGUUUCUCCUCCUUUCAUCUAAUCAACUGUUCAUAUCCCUUAAAUCACCAAUCUUUUCAACCAUUCUUCCAACUCAACCCCCCUCCCCCCCUUUUAGUUGUACCAAACUUGUUUCUUUCCCUCAGAAAUCUAGCCAAUUUCGAUCUGGGUUUUUUAUAAUGUUGGUUUAUUGUGUUUCUUGAUUUCAAAAUGCUGGAUUUUUAGUUUUGAUCUGGGAUCUUUGUUAUGGUCUUAGUUUCUUGAAUUUGGGGCUUUCUUGUUGUUGGGCUUCAUUAAAGUUGGAGUCUUUGGUGGUUUCUUGCUGUUUUGGAGUUUGACUUCGAUUUGAUUUUAUUUGAUUUGUCGGUUGUGGGGAUUUGGGGUUGUGAUUGGUUCUAGAUUUGAUGGCUGUGGAUGAAUUGGUGGAGCUCAAAUUUAGGCUUUCUGAUGGUAGUGACAUUGGACCAAGCAAGUAUAAUUCUAGUGCAACUGUGACCUCUCUCAAGGAAAAGAUUAUUGCUCUAUGGCCUAAAGACUCUGAAAACGGGCCAAAAUCUGUCAGUGAUAUAAAGCUCAUUAACGCGGGAAGGAUUCUUGAAAAUAGCAGAACACUUGCUGAAUCGCGGCUUCCUCUGAGUGAAGUUCCUGGAGGCGUCAUCACAAUGCAUGUUGUCGUGCGGCCCCCCCUUCCUGACAAAAAUAGUGAUAAAUUACAGGAAAAUUCUCAGAAGAAAGGAGGGUGCCUUUGCACCAUAUUGUAACGGACGGAGCUGCUGCAGAGUGCCUCGUCUCAUAUGUUUGUAUUACAGAAAGAUCGUUGGGAGACGAUGCAGGAGAGCGUGGUCGAGUCUAAGAGAAGUUUCUCUGAUGAUAAAGGAGAAAAGAAUGUAUGAUUAAACACACUGCAAAGCAAGUCAUGUUUGUGGUUGAACUGCAUUAUGAAUCUUGAAGUUGUAUUGUAUUAUGUAUACUCAAAUUUGUUUACUGUCUAUAUCGUCACAACUUGAAAAUAGAAUUGGGUUGAAUUGCUCAUA